UGCAUGCACUGAUAGGUAAUCCAUUAACCGCCCUUGGAGGAUCCAAAAGAUCAAUGUAGAGCAUGUUGUGUUUUCAUUCAGUUUGUGCUUUCUCGGCCGCCAUCGAUACAGUAUCAUGACUUUGAACGCAGUAUUGUCGCGUAGAUUGUUUACCUUAUUCACCCAUGGUAGCCCAAGUCUCUCAGUCGCUUCGUGGAAAUCACAUUUCGGUCUGGAUGCAGCAACGUCGCAGGGACGAAGCUCCACUCGGUGUUACUACCAAACAGCGAAGCCCCGCUACCCCGUGCCGAAAAAGGCGUCUCAUGUCCGGGUAGUGGACCUCCGCAGUGACACAGUGACCAAACCCGGAGCUGCGAUGCGUCAGGCCAUUGCUGAGGCUGAGGUUGGGGACGAUGUGAUGGGAGAGGACCCGACAGUUAACGAGCUACAGAGAAUUGCUGCUGAUAUGUUUGGGAUGGAGGCCGCGCUGUUUGUCCCCACAGGAACCAUGAGUAACCUCAUCGCAGUAAUGGUACACUGUCGUGAGCGUGGCGACGAGAUGAUUGUGGGCGAUCUGUCUCAUUUACACAUCUACGAGCAGGGAGGAAGUGCACAGCUGGCUGGUGUUCACGCCACCACAGCUACCACACGUCCUGAUGGAACCUUCGACUUGGAGCAGCUGGAGUCAAAGAUCCGCCAUGGUUACCCAGAUCCUCACUACCCUCGCUCUCGCCUUAUAUGUGUGGAGAACACGCACAACAUCCAGGGAGGACGCGUUCUGCCCCUGAGCUUCUUGCAGGAGGUCCGUGCUUUAGCAGACAGACACGGUCUGUCAGUUCACAUGGACGGAGCCAGGUUGAUGAACGCCGCAGUGGCCCAGGGAGUGGCUCCAUCCACCAUCCUGCAGCACACAGAUACUGUCAGCGUGUGUCUCUCUAAGGGACUGGGGGCCCCUGUGGGCACCAUGCUGGCCGGACCCCGUGACUUUAUAGAUCAGGCGCUGAGGUGUCGUAAAGCUCUGGGUGGGGGGAUGAGGCAGGCUGGAGUUCUGGCUGCUGCUGGGAAAAUAGCUUUACUGGACAUGGUGGGAAGACUGAAGGAGGAUCAUCAGAAUGCAAAAACCUUUGCUCAGGCUCUGCUGGACUGUGAGCCUGCAGUGUUCUCUGUAGACCUGGCGGCCGUGGAGACGAACAUUUUGCGCUUCUGUUUAAAACAGAAAAGUUGGACUCCCUCUGAGUUUUGUGAACUCAUGGCUCAGGUUUGUGAAGGAGAGGAAGCUGAACUGGGACAAGAGAUAAGAGUUCUAAUGUAUCCUCAUUUUGGAAACUCAGUUCGGGCCGUGUGGCAUCUUGGGAUAUCAUAUGAAGAUACUCAGCUGGCCGUCCAGAAGAUGCAUUUUGUUACUUCUCAGCUUUUAAAGAAAAACAAUAGAUCUUCCUAAAAUGGAAUGUUUACAAUUUGAAGUCUAGGAUUUAGAUUUGAUAACUGGAGUGAUCCAAUUGUGAAAAUUGCACAAUUUACAUUUUAAAAUUUGUUCUCAUUUGCAAUAAAUAUUUUCCAUAUGCUGUGGUUAUAA